AUGCCGUCUGGAUUAUGCAAUGCGCUGAGCACAUUCCAGAGGUGCAUGAUGGCUAUCUUCUCUGAGUAUCUCGAGGAUUCAGUGGAAAUUUUUACGGACGACUUCUCGAAUUACGGGCAAACGUAUGAAGUCUGUAUUGUGCUCGGGCACAAAGUUUCCAAGGAAGGGCUGGAGGUGGACAAGGCGAAGAUUGAGGCCAUCGAAAAGCUUCCACCUCCAGCAAAUGUGAAGCCUGUCAAGAGUUUCUUGGGACAUGUAGGAUUUUACCAUCAUUUUAUGAACGAAUUUUUGAAGAUUGCUCGACCAUUGAGUGCAUUGCUAGAGGCUGACAGAACGCUUCACUUUGAUACACAGUGCCUCAACGCAUUCAAGAUACUGAAAAACGUAUUAACUACUGUGCUUGUGUUGAUCGCACCUAAUUGGACAAAGACAUUUGAGCUAAUGUGCGAUGCUAGCGGCUGGACAAUGCCUUGUGGGCAUACAGGACUACCUAUAAACACCUAUAGACAUGUCCCCGUAUACGCUGGUGUAUGGGAAGGAAUGCCACUUGCCACUGGAAUUGAAGCACAAAGCACUAUGGGCAGUGAAGAAGCUUGA